AUGAACGAAUCCGGCCAGUUCCAUCCGAUCGCGUGCGAGUCUUGUCGCAACAAGAAAUCAAAGUGCGAUCGUGAACUGCCAGUAUGCUCGCAAUGCGUAUCUGCGCGGUUCUCAUGCCGGUAUCCGCCAAUCAAUAAGAGAGGCAUCCCCUCCGGGUAUAUAUCGUUUAUCGAACAAAGGUUACUCGAGACUGAGAUCGUGGUGAUAGAGCUUCUUUCCGCCAUCUACAACUCUCAGGUUCCAAUUGAAACGCAGCGUCUUUCUGAUACGCAUCGCCGAGUGUUAGCGGAGAAUGCGCAGAAGCAGGCCAAGUCAAGCAAGAUAGAGGAAUGGAAGAGUCUACCCCUCAGCACGAACGAGGAGCGUCUGUCUUGGUGGUCGAAAAGACAGGAUCUUUUGGCGAAAGGCGUCGAAGCGAAUACCAGUCAUGUAUCUCAUGCCAGUCCCGCCCCGACAGAGCCAUGGGUCAUGGAUUCGAGUCCUUCAGUGGCACAGUAUGAUGAUCUUCAACUAUCAGCCAUUGAGAGAUCAAAUCUCUCAUCCGCACAGCAGCCUCAAUUAGUGCAAGCUACAUGGCAGCUAGUUCCGGAUGUAUCUGGAGUACUGGAACCAACUUCAGCUCUGCAACACCAAGAGCGGGAUAUGAUAGGUGCUGCGCCGGUAGAGAAUUUGUCGAGAGAAGGAUAUUACGAUAACAGACCAGAGUGUCUUGCGCCUUCGGUAUCGCACACAGCGGCCGAUUCGCGACCUUCAACCACAGAACAAUGGCGCAAGUAUUUUUGA